AUGCUGGUCCGCAUCACCAUCCUUCCUGCCCUGGUCCUCUUGUGUGACAUAGGAGCUGUAGCGUCUACGCUGACUCAGCUCCAGAAGAACUCCCUGUUACUCGCCCACAAUCGCGCCAGGAGCACGCCCUCACCCAAACCGUGCUGGCCGCUGAUUCCGAUGACCUGGAGCGCUGCGCUGGAACGCGUUGCGCAGACGUUUGCCGACACGUGUACGUACGGGAACAACCACGACAGGGCCAGGGCGGCAGCUGCACUCGGGUCCUUCGCGACAGUGGGCGAGAACGUACAUACCAGGACUAAUGCACUCAACGGACGGCGUAUUGCUGAAGCUGUUCAAGCCAUUGAUAGAGGAAGAGCCAGCUAUGACGCCGAGAACAACAUAUGUGCCCAGCACCACCACCACGAGUGCCUCCAAUACACCCAGAUUGUGUGGAACGCCUCCACGGCUGUCGGCUGCGGAGCUAAAUUGUGCGAUGCAACCAAAGCGGGCGGCUUGCCAGCCACCUGGACCGCUCGGACCGCUUACAUUGUUGUUUGCAACUACGGUCCGGCUGGAAAUGUGGCCGGUGAAAGACCCUACAAGGCCACGGCCUGCAAUGUCACACAAGCCAGCGGUCCGGGCACUAAAACAGGAGAAGGCUCACUCAACUCGGCCGGUUCACGCAGCUCACCCGGGUCGCGGGGCAACUCAUCUGUGUCGCCCUCUGACUCGCCCGGAUUUCAGCAGGAGUCCGAGGCAGCUGUGAGCGUCCGCCACUGCUCUAUGCUGGUAGCGGUGGUGUGUGCGGCGGUCACCUUGUCAGUUUAG